GCAAAAACUACAGACAGACAAACAAGCUGAGCGUUAGCGCAAACCACAAAAAGGACAUUCAGAAUCAACAGCUCUUUUUUCAUUACAGAAUGGGAUUUGAAAACAAUAUAGGGAAGUACCGUUUGGGACAAACCAUCGGAGAAGGUACCUUUGCCAAGGUUAAGCUGGCCGUGGAUACUACAAAUGGCAGUAAGGUUGCAGUCAAGAUCAUUGACAAGCAGAUGGUUGUGGAAAGCAAUCUCAAGUAUCAGGUGAAAAGAGAGAUAAGAAACAUGAAACUGCUGCAUCACCCCAACAUCGUACGGAUAUACGAGGUGAUUGGUACAAAGACAAAAAUUUAUCUUGUAAUGGAAUAUGUACCUGGAGGACAACUUUCAGAUAAAUUGUCUUACAUCAAGAAAUUAGGUGAAUCCGAAGCUAGGAAAAUUUUCCAUCAACUAAUUGAUGCUGUAGAUUAUUGUCAUAGCAGAGGAGUAUAUCACAGAGAUCUAAAGCCAGAAAAUGUGCUAUUAGAUAGCAAGGGAAAUAUAAAAGUAUCCGAUUUUGGACUAAGCACAUUGAGGAAGCCAGGAGAUAUACUAACUACAACAUGCGGAUCUCCAUGCUAUGUAGCACCUGAGCUUCUUGCUAAUAAGGGCUAUGAUGGAGCCGCAGCAGAUGUUUGGUCUUGUGGAGUAAUCCUUUAUGAACUACUAGCAUGUUAUCUACCAUUUGAUGACAAUAACCUUAUGAUAUUGUACAAGAAGAUAUCUGGAGCAGAAUAUGCAUUUCCACAAUGGUUUACGGAAAGUGAAAAGAGGCUAAUCUCCAGGAUACUUUGCCCAAAUCCUAAAAAGCGGGUAACUAUUCCAGAAAUCAUUGAUGAUAAAUGGUUUCAGAAAGAUUACGUACCUUCUUGCGGAUAUGAAUGCACUGAGAAAGUCCAGUUGGAUGAUGUGAAUGCUGCUUUAGAUUCAAUAGAGGAGAAUGGAAAGGAGACAAACAUGACCAAGUCCUCAUAUUUCAUCAACGCUUUCCAAUUGAUUGCAAUGUCACAAGUCCUUGAUUUAUCCGGUCUUUUCGAAGAGCAGGAUAAGAAGCAACUGACAAGACUAGGCUCCAAGCAUACAGUCAAUGAGACCAUCAAGAAAAUAGAAGCUGCAGCAAUGGAUGUGAGUUUAGCAGUUGAACGGAUGAAUAAUUUCAAGGCUAAUAGAUUAUCAGCAUCAUAUCAGAUGAAAAUGCUUCCAAAACAAAGAAUGACUAGAUGUUCCAGAUCAUAUUUUGACCUAUCAGCGAAGGUAAUUGAGGUUUCUCCCAAUAAUUGUGUCGUGGAAAUAUCAAAAUCAGCAGGGGAGCUAAGAGUGUACAAAGAGUUCUGCUCAAGCCUAUCAAGUUUACUGAAAGACAUAUAGAAGUUUCAUUGCACAUUAAGGAGUCCAAUGAAAUCAGCAUAGAGGACAAAAGUAUACAAGAAAGUGUCAGGUAAAUAGCCCAGAAGAUAAAUGCAAAAAAAUAGCAAGGAUAGAGGCUAUUUGUCCUCUUGAUCAUUGCCGUAGCCUGGCUUUAUCUCAAUAUUCCUCACCUGCGGUUCCCCGGUGGAAUCUGAAGGAAUGUUAAAAGCACAUUUAAUCAACAAGUACAGGAACAAAGUGAAUCAUGAAAAUGAUUGCUGAUUGCUGGACUAAUGUACCAUUAGUUCAUAGAUAUACGUUUGGUUCAGAUGCAAUUAUUGGUUUAAGGUUUUUUGCUUCCUUUCAUUUUUCACCUCCCUUUUAACUCUAUGCCAUCUUCAACAUGUACAUUGAGGUUAGGCUUUUAUAUUAAUUUUCACUGCAGAAUCAAUAGCUCAGAAGCAAGUUUCCUCAGGUGCCUCAUUAUGCACCGUUUCAUUCUGGCUU